GUUUUAAAACUUGAAUUCCUCAAUUGACUCUUCGCCACCUCCUCUAGACAAAACCUUCUCCUCCAUCUCUCGACAGUCGACAACUCUUCAUCAUCGGUCGAUCGGCUGUUCCAAAAUCUCCCCAGAAUCUCGAUUUUGCCCAUCCUUCUAGCUCUUGCGAAGUGCAACUGCAUUUGAACCCCCAAUUUGGAACUUCGAAGCCCUAAUUUGCGGUCCAAAUCUGCCAUCUGACGUGUCCUGUGCCCUGAUCUUAAGUCUUCUGGAAUCCAUUUCGUAUCCUCCAUGGCAAUGCAAGUCCAAUUGUGAGACAUCAUUCAAGGUUCAGUUAGACAUUGUUUACUAUUGAAGGUACGAAUGGCAAGCGUCAUAAUGAAGUUCUUCACUGCAUCACUGUUUAUGUGGAUAACCCCCAUCGCGUUGUUAUAUGGUUUUAACCAUAAUUUGAUUCCUGGUUCAACACAAUUGAAUCCACAUUCUCUUACACUAUUGAGUGGAUUCCUUGCUGUCAUAUCAGUCAACGUUGUCAUCGCCAUUUAUAUUAUAAUGGCAAUGAAAGAACCCGCUAGUAAACACGAACCAGAUCCUGCAUUUCUUGCUGAGGCGAAAGCUAGUAUAAACCAGUCUGCUGGGGAAGCAGAUGACCCCUCGCAAGCUAAUAAGAAGGAAGAUUAGGAAAUGAGAGAGAGGCUUUGACGAGGAACAUUUUGAAGCUUAAUCUUCCAGGAUUUGAGAUAUGAAUCAGUCUCAUAUGUGAUCAGAGCUGUCUGCUUGUGAAUGAUACUUGGGAAGAACAAAAGGUUCUGUUUCUCCUCUAGUUUUGUUUCAUUAAAAUAGACUGCAUUUAGAGUGAGCUAAUUUUCUAAUGGUGAUGUGAUUUGCGAUGUUUCAACUCUUUGCUUCCACUAUCAUGAAGUGAAGAGAUGUAAUAGCUUCUGGGGAGAAUUAAAAGAAAAUUUAAUUUAACAUAAUCCUGAUGAACAGAGCUCGGCCUUAGUCUAAGGACCAUUCAUCUACUCAUAGUUUCAACAA